AUGAUAGAGUGCCCAGUUGCAAUGAAGAACCCAGACUUUGAGACCACGACCGGCCGAUUCAGCACUCUUGUAAACGUGUGAACUGGAUACGGAUUUGGAAAAAUUUCAGAUUGAAUGUGACCUGACAGAAUCUUACGCGGUCGGCAAGUUCAAUCUCGCCGACAAAUCUGAAUGGACUAUCACCGGAAUGAAAACCAAGUGGGAAAGAAAGCUUUAAAAUUAGUCUUCAGUUGUUUUGAAGGUUCGACACCUCUCUCAGCACCGACUACGAAGUUUAUCGAGCACCGAGGGUUUUCGCCGUGGGAAAAGAAGUUUCUUUAGAGGUGACACUUUUAUAAGAGCUUUCUGGACUCUUUACUUUUGAACUUUCUGAAAAUUCUCUCAAAUACUUUUCGACUUAUUGCAGUCAAAAUUUUAAAGCUUGAUUCUGCGCAACUUUAAAAAUAAAAAAGUAAAAUUUCGUCUCACAUUUUCGAACCUGCUUUUGAUGGCAUCCUCUGUGUUUAAAGCGCAUGUUGUAGACAACAAAGAUUUUUUGGUAGUAGUGAAAAUUUUCAGUUUUUUUCUCAGAGAAAUAUAUGAGUUCUAGACAAAUUUCAAAAACUCCCGAUCGCAAUUGAAAUUACCUUCUUUGUGACGGUUUUUCAUCCGAUUUUAGAUUAUUCAAGUUUUUGUCAGGACACUUGAUUUUUAACAUGCAUGAAUGUUGUUAUGUAUUUGAAUUCAAUAGACAAGAAAUAAAUGAGAAAAAAGGAAUAACUGGAUAUUUAUGCAGCGCAUCGCGGUGAACAAACGGGAGUACACGAUGAGGCUUUGUCGGUUCGAUGACUCUCUUUCCCAUGAAAUGCUCCUUCAUGAGGUUGUUGCUCCUCUUCUUAUUCUGAACGUGUUGAUGUUUUGGAUGAACAUAAUGAAGAGGAUCCGAGAGGAAAAUUCGGCCAAGCACGUCUCUCAGGUGGCGCCGCAGAUCGUCGCCUUCGGUCGAAUGCCUUAUUUGGACUUUAUGGUCCGUUCCACUUUUCUAUUGAAAGAAAAUAUCCCGAAACUUUUUUUCAAAUUAUUUUUAUUGUAAAAUACGCAGGUCCAGAUUUUCAGUAUCUCCAUCUGGAACAUCGAAAAGUGUUCUAGAAAAAAAAUAUUUAAUUCAUUUUUGAGCGUUCUUCUCAUUAUUCAUCCCUGAGCUUCUCUUCAGCACUCCUACCUCGAUAGACACGAACAAGUGGCGUUUUCCAUCCCGAGACCCUUCUAUAUCAUGGAGCGGCUGAAUCCUGCACUCGACACAGUGAUCAAGAUGUCCAAGUACAACUUCCUACCCUUCCAAACAGGCGUCUACCUCACGAUUGGAAUCAUCAAGGUUAUCAAUUCUGAAACUUUGAGAGAAUAAACUUGUGUGUCAGGCCUUGCGCGUACUCCAUCGAAUGGGCUACUGCCAUAGAAAUGUGCAGCCCUCGAGUUUCGCCCUUGCGUCUUCAUUGCAACUCUUUUUUGAGAAAGUUCGUUCUGAAGACCGAGUUAUUCCGAAGCUGAUCCUUUGCAGAAGAGAAGCAGAACUUUCUGGAAUGGUGGUGUUGACUGACUUGGGCUACUGCCGACAGUUCAAAGGUCUGGACAGCAAAAAGCCUCGUCGUGACUUUACUGUCACUUUCUCCACUCGUUACAGGUAAAAACCUUUGUUGAAGAGAAAACAUGAAUUAACUUCAGUUCUCCUGAGGCGAUGCAAUGUAUCGAGCAAACGAGUCAAGACGAUUUAGUCUCCGCAUUGUACAUUUUUUUCGAGUUUGUUACUGGAAGCUUGCCCUGGUCUACCUUGAAGAACUUUCAAGUCCGUAAUUCCGGAAAAAAAGACAUCUGAUUUUCGAAGCUAAGGAAAUUCUGAACAAAAAGAUGGAAUUUGAACUGAUUGAUGAAUACGGUACGCGAGAUCCAAAGGACGUGACUGUGACAGAAGCCGAUACUGUUGCCAAAGCUAAGAAGGUGAUUUACACUGUUUAUAACAAUGAAACGGCUGUGAAAAUGAUAUUUCCAGUAAUUCUGAUGUUUUAUCAUUACUGACUUCGGUACACCGUGAGUGUCAAAAAUGCGAGAACAAGAUCUUUAUAUUGGUUUCCUAUAUUAGACUUAUUUUUCCAUUUCCUAUGUGCCUUUAACGAGCUGAAUGAAUAAAAAUUCAGCAAUCAACGUUUUCAAACUAUUGCAGAAGACGGGGCUUCCGACAUCAUCGAUGGUGUGUGAACCGACAGCUAAGGCAAUGGAAAUGUCGGGCGUAAAGGCUAAACAAGUACCAGAGAAAACAAAUAAAAAGGAAGAAAUGAGCAGACCCUUACCAAAGGAAACUGCCGAAAAAACAGAUAACGAGAAGAAAAACGAGGACCGGAAGACAGCCGCCGGCGAAGCGGAGGUGGUUCUGACUACAGUUUCCAAUAGGAUUUCUAAUAUUUUUUUUUAGAAAGAUGAGGACGAAAAGGAGAAGCCAGAAAAGGAAAGCAAGCAGCCGCCUCCGAUCAGCGACGUCAAAAAGCUUUUCGAACAGACACGCAACUUCAAUCCAUAGUUGGCUGUUCUGAGCUUUUGAAUCACCUUGAUCGAGCUUCAGUUCGUCUGAAUGCAGUUACUUCGAGCUGUACAAAGAGCUUGUCAGUCGAAUACCCGAAAAGAAGGAAAGCUUUUCUCUCUUUCCAUUCUUGAGGUUCGUCCCGAUUCAUUUUCUUCCAACUGUCUCUCAGCCGAAUCGACGCUGUCUACAUGAAAGCCUAUGGUAACAAGGCGAGAAAAGCUCCCAGAGCACCCAAAACCGCCGAACCCGUCUCUACAGAUUUUCUUUCUGGUGAUGGGAAAAAGGUUUCGAGCCACUCGUCGCUUAUUCUCUUUUUAUAUUCAGAAAAAUGCCACUAAAACCUCAAAGAUGAGCAAAUCACCCGUAUCAAAGGUCAUUUUCUGA